UUGGAACAAAAGGCCGUGUUACUCUCAUCUUUUUGCCGUUCUACGGCACGUUUGCAGAGGCUCCAUUGUUUGUUUUCCCUCCUAUUUGACCUCUUCCCGCGUGCUCUCCAGCCUCGUCUUUCCGACUCAAUUGCUGGCCGAAGACGUUUCACCGCCGACACGGAGCUCCUGCAAACUCGAGAACCUCGGGCGACACGAUACCCAUUGAGCGAGGACUUGCAGCCCGACAAUUUCACAACCACAAUUUCCCUCGACCACGGGCGACGACGUGACACGGCGCCGGCGAGAUGCGUUUCGGAAAGACCCUCCGCGAGUCGAUAUACCCGCCGUGGAAGGACAAGUAUGUCGACUACGGCAAGCUAAAGAGCCUCCUGCGGGAAGACCAAAAGGACGACGAGACCGUCUGGACCGAGGAGGACGAGAGCCGCUUCUGCGACGAAAUCUUCAACGUCCAGCUCGAAAAGGUGGCCCAGUUCCAGCAGGAGCGCUUCGACGCCCUCAAGCAGAGGGUCGAUGCCGCGUUCGAGAAGCUCAAGGAGUAUGCGCCGCCCGCCGAGCCUGGCGCUGGUGCAGACGCUGCUGAUGGCGAGCUGGCCGCGAAGCUCAGGGAGCUUGAGGCAGAGCUCGAUGACAUCACCAACGAGGUCAAGGCUUUGAAGAAGUAUAGCAGUCUCAACUACACCAGCUUCCUCAAGAUUGUCAAGAAGCAUGACCGCAAGAGGGGAGACCGCUACAAGGUGCGGCCGAUGAUGCAGCUUAGCCUGGCUCAGAGGCCCUUCAACUCGGAGCAGGGAUACGCCCCUCUGCUGAACAAGCUGUCUGUCAUGUACUUUGCUAUUCGGCAGCAAUUGGAGGAGGGAGAUCAGGCGCCGCUUGAUCUGGAUGUAUCGGCGGAGACGCAUAACGGCGAGCGGUACACAGCUCACAAGUUCUGGGUGCACCCCGACAACCUGCUCGAGGUCAAGACGCUCAUCCUUCGCCGACUCCCUGCUCUCGUCUACAGCGAACAGUCUGCCAAGGAGCUGGACGGCUCUGACUCGCCUUCCAUCACCUCGCUCUAUUUUGACAAUGAAAAGUUCGAGGUAUACUCGGAGAAGGUGGAGCAGAAGUCAGAAGUCUCUUCCCUGCGGCUGCGGUGGUACGGCCAGCUGAGCAGCAGGCCCGAGAUCUUCGUGGAGCAGAAAUCGGCCGAUGUCAACGGGAACAGCGAGGAACACAAGUUCACGAUCAAGGACAAGUACGUCAAGCAAUUUCUCAACGGAGAAUACACGGCGGAAAAGGCCAUACAGAAGAUGGAGAGGAUGGGCGAGUCUCCGGAGCAGAUUGAGGCAUACAGGGCGACCGUGGCCCGUGUUCAGGAGUUUCAGCAGAGGAAAAGGCUGAUGCCGGUGCUGAGAGCCAACUACGUUCGCACGGCCUUCCAGAAACCUGCUGAUGACCGCGUUCGCAUCUCCAUCGACACCGACCUCGCCUUUAUCCGCGAGGACACGCUGGACAAGAGCCGCCCUUGCCGAGACCCCAACGAGUGGCACCGGUUGGAUAUUGAUAACAGCAACAUGAAGUACCCGUUCCAGAACAUCAACCAGAGCGAAGUGUCCAAGUUCCCCUAUGCCGUGCUGGAGAUUAAGCUGAAGGAGGAUGGCAACCGCAAGCGACCAUCCUGGAUAGAGGACCUGAUGGGCUCCCACCUGGUGCACCCUACCCCCCGCUUCUCCAAGUUUGUCCACGGCGUUGCCUCGCUGUUUGACGACUACGUGAACAACCUGCCCUUUUGGCUCGGCGACUUGGAGACCGAUAUCCGCAAGGACCCCCAGAAGGCGUUUGAGGAGGAAGAGCAGCGCCGGGCCCAGCGCGCCGACGAUGCUAUGGCCGUCGGAAGCCUCAUUGGAACUGUGCCCAGCUCUUACAAGGUGGCACAGAGCUCGCCCCCUGCGCAGGGCCAGGAAGAAGAGGGCGAGGGCAGCUCUCAGCCUCGGUCGGGAGGAUACGGCACCUUGUCAUCAGUUCUUCCAGGUCUAUCCCUCUCCAAGUACGCCAUUGCCAAACGAGCGCAGGCUCGACUCCCCGACGGCGUAGUGGAGCCUUCCCAAUGGAUCAAGAACACGGGAGAACUCAAGGUCGAGCCCAAGGUGUGGCUGGCCAACGAGCGAACGUUCCUCAAGUGGCAGCACAUUGCAAUCCUGCAGGGCACUCUGGCUCUGGCGCUGUACUCGGCCGCGGGAGAGAACACGAUUGCGCAGUGGAUCGGCAUUGCGUACAUUGGCAUCGCGGGCUUUGCGGGCCUCUGGGGCUACAGCGUGCUGCGGACUCGGCGGACCAUGAUCAUGGAGAGGAGCGGCAAGGACUUUGAUAACAUGGUUGGACCGGUGAUUAUCAGCGUGGCCAUGAUGAUUGCGCUGAUUGUCAACUUUGUUCUUCAGUAUCAAAAGGCCUUUGCCAAGAUGAAGGAUCGAGACUCGGCCGUGCCUAUUACGGACGAGCUGGUGUAAGCUGGCGUAUGUGUACAUCUUGGGCACGCGUUUUGUAUAACAGUGACGAUGUUGGAAACUCCCGAGUACUUGUGUGCGAAUUGCCCAGCGGAUUGGUGAUUUUCAACGGUGCAUGUCUGUACUCGACACUUGGCCUGUCCGGUCAUGGAGGGGGAGGGUUGUUGUGGUAGUAUUCUUUUAGCGAUGUUAUUAGGACUGCGGUUUGCUUGGCUACCAAUUGAUUUAUUCUGUACAC